CCAGCGCUCCAGGCGGGCCCUCCGGGACAGGACUCAAGUGGGUUUUUCCAAGCAUCCCCUGAGGGCUGGCGGGGGUGACCAUCCCAGCCCACUCCAGUGCCCUGUGGCUCUCCCUCCCUGUAAGGAGCAGGGCUGCUGAGCCGGCUGGCGUGCCCCUCAUUGCUGCCCCCGCCCAACAGGUACCUGGAAACCUUCAUCCCCAUGGGCACCUGCCCUUUGGCCAGAAUGCCCCUGCUGAGAGACAACUUCACAGGUCUCCUGCAUCUCUGGUAAGGAGACACAGUGCCUCCCCCUCUGAGAUUUCCCAUGGUGCCCUGCAGUAUGUGCCCCAGCAUCCCUGCCCUCCUACCCCCUACCCUGGCAGAGCCAGGCUCUCCACCCAAGGGCCCAGCGGGUUGCACAUCUCUGGAUCUUCCAUUUGUGUUGGUUCUGGGCCAGGGACUGGGUAUGCCCCACCUGGGGGUCCCUAGGGCCCAGCAUGGGGAGAUGGCAGUGAGCAUCACCAAGUGGGUGGACAAAUGGACCCCAUCUCCCAUCCCUGCUCUGGCCAGGGCCCGGCCUGAAGUCCUGACCUGUACCUCCUGGGGGGCCCCCAUUAUUUGGGAUGGCACUUUCGAUCCAGAUGUGGCCCAGCAAGAGGCUAUACAGCAGAACCUCACCAUUGGGCUGACUGUCUUUGCUGUAGGCAGGUACCUGGAGAAGUACCUGGCGCGCUUUCUGGAGACAGCAGAGCAGUACUUCAUGGUGGGCCAGCGCGUGGUCUACUACGUGUUCACGGAGCGCCCGGCUGCCGUGCCCCGCCUGCCGCUGGGCCCGGGCCGCCAGCUGCGUGUGGAGCGUGUGCUGCGCGAGCGGCGCUGGCAGGACGUGUCGAUGGAGCGCAUGGGCACGCUGCACGCGGCGCUGGGCGGCCGGCUGGGCCGCGAGGCGCACUUCGUGUUCUGCCUGGACGUGGACCAGUACUUCAGUGGCGCCUUUGGGCCCGAGACGCUGGCCGACUCGGUGGCGCAGCUGCACGCCUGGCACUACCACUGGCCGCGGAGGCUGCUGCCGUACGAGAGCGACCCGCGCUCGGCCGCAGCGCUGGCGCCGGGGGAGGGCGACUUCUACUACCACGCGGCGCUGUUCGGGGGCAGCGUGGCGGCGCUGCGCCGGCUGACGGCUCACUGCAUGCGGGGCCAGCGGCAGGACCGCGCGCUCGGCCUCGAGGCACGCUGGCACGAUGAGAGCCACCUCAACAAGUUCUUCUGGCUGCACAAGCCCGCCAAGGUGCUGUCGCCCGAGUUCUGCUGGUGCCCGGAGUUAGGCCAGCGCGCCGAGAUCCGCCGCCCGCGCCUGCUCUGGGCGCCCAAGGAGUACACGCUGGUGCGCGACUAGGCGCCAGGACCAGGCCUUGUGCGCCGCUCAGGACAUUUGGGCACCGGGAAGAUGCGCAGUGAGCGGAAUCGCAAGGAGAGACCCUGAAGCCAUCAGGUCCCUUCUGGAAGCAGCAUGGCACUCUGGAGGACAGGGAGAGGUGGGCUGAAAGCAGCCCUGCCACCUUCUACAGGUGCCCAGCCAAGAGGCGGGGGCGCCCUGCCUUCGAGAGUGUUUUGCGCUGGUCCCCGCCUGCGCGCAGACAAUGUUGUGGUUGGACCUGCGCACGUGGUUCUUCAGCGAAGGCCAUCAGGACGCUGAAGGGAAUGACUCACAGGUCCUGGAAGCUACACCGCACACCUGGAGCCACACAGCAAGGUCUCAGGUAGAGAGAGGCAGGCCCGGGGUCCCGUUUAUUGGGGUCGAGAGUGGGGUCCUAGGGUUUCGUGGACUCACUCUGUUGGUGAAUUCAA